AAAUGGACCCCAACUGCCCCUGUGCUACUGGUGACUCCUGUGUCUGCGCUGGCUCCUGCAAGUGCAAAGAGUGCAAAGGUACCUCCUGCAAGAAGAGCUGCUGCUUCUGCUGUGCUGCAGGCUGUGCCAAGUGUGCCCAGGGCUGCAUCUGCAAAGCGGCAUCAGACAAGUGCAGCUAUUGUGCCUGAUGUGGGA